AUGGAUGUGCCUCCACCCGUCCUCAGGUCAGCACUCAUGCUUAUAGCGGAGCGUACGCGCAAGGUCGAACGACUUGGCUGGAUCACGGCUUCACACGUCUGCCAGCGGUGGCGCGUCUUGAUGCUCAGGAUGCCACUAUUAUGGGCUGGGGUCUCCGGAGGAAUCUUCCCCUCCCGGGAUAUUUGCGAGGUCAUGAUAAAGCGCGCUGGAGACCGCCCUUUAAGCUUCUUUGGAGACUGGCCUAGUCAUGCCAACUACGUGAGGGGCUCGCUCGUUUCCACAACGGAUACUGUCACCGAACUCAUCCCCUCGUACCGGAGUCGUGUCGAGGAGCUAGCCUUGCGCAUUGAUGGUCGCGCAGAGGCGAAGACGAUUUGUGGUCACCACCUACCCCAACUCAAACGUCUGUAUCUGGAAGCCUACGAUAUUCUGCCGUACGAUGAUGCGGACGCUAUCGACGCCCCGCAACUACGUUCCCUUCGGAUGGACUACAUCGUAGUACCCUUUCAGGCGCAGAACCUGCGCUUCUUGUCCAUCGAUAUCGUUAAUGCGGUCAAUGAAUUAUCGCGAGCUGCAUUUCAUGUCAUCGAAUUGGCACCCAUGCUGGAAGAGCUGGAGUUAUCACACUUCGCCUUCAGAGUCGAGGAUGACGAAGAUGAGCCCGAGGACGAUGAAGGUCCAAUACCACUAUCGACCCCGAUCGAUCUACACGCCUUAACCUCUCUCACGUACGACGGCCUCUCAAAAUAUCUCCAUGUUCUCUUGCAGUCUUUCCUAAUCAAUGAAGGCGCUCGGAUAUCCGUUGAGAUCCCAGGCCGCGACUCGCAGCUCAACCUCUUCAUUAUCCUACAAGACAUGCUUCAACGGGUGGAGAACGACCACUUGUGCCUCUCCUUUUCUAGGGAGAACUCUACGUGGUCACUCUUCGCGCACGUAUACCCUUCGGCCGAUGGUCCUUGCCACGAAAUAGACGUCGUGGACCGUCGGGGCCGUAAUGGGGUACAUAUCAGUGCCAUCAGCGAUUGCAUUGCGAAUGCCGCCGAAAUCGAUAUAGCUUUCACCACGCCUGACACAUUUAUCAGUGCGCUCGUUGCAAGACUGAAUACCCACAAUAUCCGCUCUCUCGAUCUCGAUUUGGUCCUCAACCUACGCACGAAUGAACACGGCGGGCCGAACGACAUAGGCGAGGCUCUGCAGCCCUUGAAGAACGUCUCGACUAUCGCUGUCGGCCGAGGAUGCGACAUGAACGCCCUGAAAGCGUUAUUUCUGCCAGAGGACGCAGCAAUACCCCUUCCAUUCCCUGAUCUCAAAACCUUGGUCCUCAAACAUCCUCGGGAAUGCGCAUCGGAGGGACUCGGAGGUAUUGACCAGAUGCUGAGGACCUGGGCGACCUUGGGCCAUCUGUGUGGCGCGCUCAUGGUGCGGCAUCAUCCGUUGAGCUGUAUCAGAGUGGCUGCAUUCAACUUGGAGGAACUCGGGGGGAAUGAAGAUGCAUGGCGUGCACAGGAGAGGUUGAUCAAGGGCGCGAGGGCAUGGGUCGACGAGGUUGAGCUUACGGUUUAA